AUGUCACAAAAGCAGUGGCGUAUCCUUGAUCUUCUAAAAGUGCAAGCGUCACCCAAACCGUCCCGAAGUCCAAGCUCAACUAACAUUCGCCCCGCAAAUAAUGUUGCCAAAUGUGUCUGUUGUGGCGCAGCCCUUCUCAUUGGGGAGAAUACCAAGUUCCAUUGCUCUGUGUGCCAUACUACAACGUUGAUGGAGGACUUUGAUCCCGAUGCCCAACUGCCCGUGCCUCUUCUCUCAUACGAUGACAUCAAAAGCCGCAUAGAAAAAUGCUUGUAUGGCGGUUUGAAGAAUAAUGCAAAUCAGCCAGAUGAUAGCAGAAAGUCUCAUUCGGAAGGCAAUCAGAUCCGGGACAACAAGGCUCACAUCCAAGAGCCGAAGCACAAAGAAAGUCCUCGCUCUGAGGAUCCAAAGCAAUUUGCACAUUCUGCUUCCACCUCCAAAGAUGUUCCAGCAAUCCCCCCAACAGAAAUCCUAAGCUCGAAAGCCAUUGUGGAAAAUGUCCCCCCCAUACCAAAGGUCAGUCGGGAAUCGUCCAUGUCCAGACCGAAAAGCAGUACGAGUAAAGUCACCAAUGCUACCUCAAAACCACCGGCCACGGGUAACACCAACAAUUUGUGUCCUAUUUCUCCGAAAAAGGGCCGCUCUCUCUCCGAAGGCAGCCCAAUACCCGUCAUGAAUGAUAUCCUCUUAGAAAAAGCUUCGGCAGAUGCACAAGCGAGCCACUUACCGGGAAGCAGCGGAAACGUCGUUGGUUCAAAUGGCAUCCCCCCUGUUUCAACUAACUGCGACCGCCCUUCGGCUUCCCACGCUCUCCAUCAGCGGCUACAGCCACUUCUGGACCAUCUUCUCGCGGCAUUUGGCUCGAUUGCCUGUUUGAACCUGCUGUUCCGGAUCCGCCGCUCGCGCCGGGCACACUAUUCGCUGUGCGACGUGAACUUGGAUGAGGUUCGCCGCGUGUUUCAUUUAUUGGCACUGCUUCCUUCGAAAAGACCGCUUUUCUGUGCUCUUACCGGCGCAAGCAAUGCGAUCCGAAGACUCCCCAUGUCCAUCGCAGACAACCCCCGCAACUUGUACUGGGUAUUGGUUCUCUUGGAGAUCCCAUUCUUGCGGCGAGCCUUGACCAACAGCGACAAGCGUUCCCAUUCUCGAGCACACUCGCGCCCACAGUCACAGCCACAGUCCGCAGGCGAAGUCCCCGAAAUCCAGGCGCUUUGUUACGACAUUUUAAAGCGGGUGUUGGCUCUUCUCAGUGCCGCUGAAGCUUCACCCGCAGGCAAUUAUUUUGCCUCGUGGUUUUCCAAGCUCGAAUUGGCCGAUUUCGCUGCCAAAGUGGAUCUCAUCAACUUAUACAUCACCUUCCACUUGCGCAAACACUUUUAUUACGCCAACAACCCGGAAUUGGCACGGCGCAAUUCCGACUGCCGCCCGGACCAGGCAGAGUACUUUCUGUACUCGUAUCUCAAGGACGAGGUGGAGGAGAUGCACUCUCUGCCUUGGGCUGGACUCUCACGCCGCACAGAUGCCAAGAUCCGCGUUCACCAGUACCUGGGAAACUACCAUUUGCGCACGGCCGCAGGUGCGUUGGGCGUCUUUGUGAAGGCAAACUAUAUCAGAGACAUCAAGUUGCCCGCCCACGCAUUUUACAACUCCAUGGCUGACUAUGUGAAUGUUCGUGCCGACUUUGAUCUGUGGCUGAGUCGAAAAAAAUCCCAGCUGCGGCCGGCAACGGCAGAACCCGCUCUUCAGACCGUUCUUGAUUACAUCAACGGCACAGAUACCAUGCAGCAGGGAUCGGCAUACGGCUUCUAUCUUUGCCAGUAUCCGUUUCUUCUCACUCUAGGCGGGAAAAUCUCCAUUCUAGAGUAUGAGGCACGGCGACAAAUGGAAAGAAAGGCCGAGGAAGCGUUCAUCACCUCCUUAGAUCGGCGUGUGGCUCUUGAUGUGUACUUUCGGGUGCGGAUUCGCCGCGAGUACAUUGUUCAAGACCUGCUCCGGUGUAUCCAGUUGAACCCAGGAAACCUCAAAAAAUCGCUCAAAGUGCAAUUUGUCAACGAACCUGGUGUGGAUGCCGGAGGGCUAAAAAAGGAAUGGUUUUUGCUUUUGACCCGUGCAUUAUUCAGCCCGCUGGCGGGCAUGUUGGGGAAUGUAGAUGACUCGAACUUUCUAUGGUUCAAUGUCAUUCCAGUGGAAAACGCAGAGAUGUACUAUCUUUUCGGCGCUGUGCUAGGUUUGGCCAUCUACAACCUGACCAUUCUUGAUUUGAAGUUCCCCGUGGCCUUGUACAAGCUUUUGUUGGGCAUGCCGUUGGGCUUGGCCGACUACAAAGACAUUUUCCCUGUUGCCGCAGAAAAUUUGUUCAAGCUCCGUGACUUCUCGCCAGAAGACUUGGAGAUGCUAGAACUAACGUUUGAAGUGACGUUUCACGAUGCGUUUGGCCGUCUCCAUCAUCGCGAGCUAGUUCCUGGAGGUCGCGAGAUUGCAGUGAAUUCGGAAAACAGGGAGAUGUACAUUGACAAGUACGCACGUUUCUUCCUUACGGAUGGCAUGAAACGCCAGCUCCAGCUGUUCACGGCCGGGUUCCGCAGCGUUGUCGACGGGAACUCGUUUUCUUUGUUUCUGCCCGAGGAAAUUCAGUUUCUUCUCUGCGGCAGCGAAGAGACCCGUUUUGACAUUGAUGUGCUCAAGUCCAUCACUCAUUACACAGGCUGGCCGUCGAAGGAGGAGGCUUUGGCAUCGCCGAUCGUUCAAUGGUUUUGGCAGUAUGUGACUGACUUGACGUUCGACCAGCAGAAACGGCUCCUUCUCUUCAUCACGGGAUCGGACCGUGUGCCAGCGACAGGUGCGCAAAACCUCACGCUCAAGAUCUCGCGCUUGCGAAGCGGAGAGGAUAGCGACCGGUUGCCGGUGGCACACACGUGUUUCAACGAGCUCUCCAUUUACCAGUACAGCUCACGUGAGAAGAUGGUUGAUAAGCUCACGAAGGCGGUGAACAUGCUGGCGGGAUUUGGAAUUAAGUAG